AUGGGUCACAUAGUCAUUAUCUUCAAUCUGCAUGUUCCUUCGCUGUAUAAUCUUUCGUCGAGUGAUCUUCCCCUCCUUGUUUCUGUACGCGAGAUCUCGCACCGUCUCCUCUUGUCUCUCCACGAGCCUUCUUUCCCAAGCGAUACCACGUACUCAUCGUUUCCCGAGCCAGCCUCCCCUCUCCCUACUCCCGUGAGCUCCUCGUUCCUCAUGAAUCAUGCGAGCAAUGCUACAACACAGGAAGUUCCACGAGAGUGCGUUCGGAUUGGGUUCGUUACCCCGCCCUUCAAAGAUCCCAAGAUCCCUGUAUCGGACCAUUUGCACGCGCACGCAUAUAACCUACCUGCUGAUCGUAUGGGGUGGUGGCGUGCCAUCGCCUUCAACCCAUUGGCUUGGUAUGCAAUCGAUGACCUCAUUGCAGAGAUUCGGGAAGAGUCAUCUAAUAACCGUAUCCGCUCCGGCAUGAACGCACGUCCCAUUGAUUUCGUCCCGCAUGCUGGGUCACGCAAAGGCACCGCUAGCGGUGUCGAGACAACGGAGCCCUCCCUAGGUGUUGUAGACUUGGAGGGUGGGGAGCUGACAACAGCGGCACGCCGGGGCGGAUCUGUCCACGUUCAAUGA